GAAGGGAGAAAACCAGCGAGAAAGAAAAUCGUUCUUGUAUUGGAAAUGCAAGCUUUGUAGCUCACUCUUUAGCUUCCGAUCUUUUUCAUUAGACAUUUUUCUUUAUUGCUGUAUGGAUUUAAUAAUAUCCACUUUAAUUACUUUUUUUAAGUUAUUUAAAAUCUGAGUCCUCUGUUUUGUUAGUAUUUCCUUGUAGAGAAUGAUGGUAGUACGGUUGUUUGUAAAGCUUGUUCACUCUUUCAAGCACUCAUGAGCAACACACGGGCUCUGGUGAGUUGCACAGUACUUUCUCUGCAAGACUCUUGUUUUUUAUAUCCAUGCUGCAAAGGCUGUCUAUCCAGAUUAAUUCAGGAAAGAAAAAGGGCUGUAUGUGGAAGAUGUGGAUUCACUUGUGACUUACAAAAUGUGGACUACAGAUACAGACUGUCGUUUAACGUGUCCAGAAACCAAGAUAUAUUUGGUGUGACAGUAUUCGGGGGAUGUUUAAAUCCCUUCUUUGGCAUUACUGCCGGUGGCCUUCAAAGAUGUAUCGAUUUGGAGAAAACUGAAGGCACGCAUACUGUUCAACAACUUCUUGUUAAAGCUGUGGAAGACUGCUUUAUAGGAAAAUGUGUCAUUUUUGGAUUGAAGGUUCCUCAUAAUGUUGCCAAAACGUCUUCGCUGUCUGGACAGUUAGUGGCCUGUCAGAUCAUUUCUCCAUGCGAGUCUUUGAUGGGAUGUACUGUAAUUGGUUAUUUUAAAAACCUCCUGUGGGCAAAUUCUCAUUUUGCCAACAGUAUCUGUCCAUCACAACAGAAAGACUCACAAAGUACACAAAGAAAUGAGCUCAGCAGUUUUGAUUAUACUCCUCCUUCAUGUGCAAAGUUGGAUUCUCAACACAGCAGUGAAGGAUUCACACUCUCAAGUGCAUGGCAGUCACCUGGGUUAUGCUUCCCCCCAGAAGAAUUAAGUAAUGACUUGUUAAAGCAGUCCAGAGACUGUAAUCAUAAUAUUCUUUCACCAAAGACUGAAGAGACAAGAACAUGUAAAAGCACUAGCCAAAGCAACACCAGUCAGUUAAAGCAUGUUAACUGUAUACAGGAUGAACUGAAGAAUGAAACACAGAACAGUCACAGAAAAUAUUUUUCCUCAAGUUGUGACAUGUUUGAAUCAUCAGCACAUUUUAACAGCUCUACUGCAUGUGACAGUAUAAAUCCACUGGUCACGUUGUUCUGUGGAAAUAAUACUGACAUAAUUACAUCCGAAUACCUUGUAAGAGCUAAAACCAGAGAAGAAUGUGAUACAGCUUUAUGUGAGAAGUCACUUUACAGUCAUUCUGGUCAAAAUAUAUGUUUUGAUUUCGAGGACGCACCUUUAUCUGAAAGUUUACAAGAUUUUGUCAGCGUUGAGCCUCAGAUAUCGGAGAUAAUUGACACAAAGGGGUGCAUUUUAGGUAAAAGUGAUCUAAUGAUGCAAGUGCAAAACAGAUGCUCUCUGACUGAAAAUUCAGUGGUCACAAGCAUCUCAAAAACUCUUCAAAUGCAUCUUUCUAGUGAAAAAUGGCCCUCACCAAUGUGCAGUGUGAACAACAUAAGCUGGAAAGGGAACAAUGAAAAUGACUGUCCGGAAAAUCUUGCAACUAAGUUGAACAAUGCUGAGAUAAGUAAGACUGUUUUGUGCAUUAACAAUUCUUCAAAAAAGAUGAUUCCUUUCAGUCCUGACAUUAUGUGUGCAUUCAAUCGCUCUAGAAACGACAGGUUGUCUUUUUCGAACAAAAACGAAAUCCCUUUAAAAAGAAAAAAAUUAACUAGGAGCAGACCCUCUGUAGCUUUUUGUUCAGUAAACAAUGAAAUGGGGAAAUAUUUCAUGCACUGUGCUCAAAGUGAGGUCCAUUUUGUAAAUUGCAAAGUCAAGCAGGAACGUAUUGUGUUUGAUAACCAUGAGGAGAAGUACAAUUGUUCUGUAGACUUGUUUGCUUCUGGUCAGAGCAGUAUGGACAUGAACCUUUCGGUUGUGACGGAUGUUUCCGAAGUCAAUGAAGCUAGGAAUGUCAACACAUCAGAGCCUGGAGGUUCAGGCUCUCUGCUUUUUUCACCAUGUUUGCAAUCCACCCCAGUUUCUCAUUAUGAUAACUCAUGUGGACAGAAAACCAGGCGAAGUCAAAACUGUGUAGGCUCACUGUGCUCUGGAAAAAUUAAGUGCAAGUUUAAAAGAAAGAUAAUGGAUCAGAGGUUAAGUGAUAAAAGAAAAAAGGUGGAUCAUUUGCCGAUUGUUGAGUCUGCUGGGAGUUUCUCAGGCAAGUCUGACAUGCAGGAUGCAAGUUGCAAUUUAUCUAUAAACGAGUGGUCCAAAGAUCUUUUUGAAAAUUCAUUUUGAAUUAAAAUUGAGUAAGAUGAAUUACAAUAUUCUGUUUGUUAAUUGUAAUUGUAAAUAAACAAUUUUAUAAAUGUGUGUUUGAAUUAUAUACAUAUGUUUGUUAAAUUAAUAUUUUUAUUAUUAUAAAGAAUGCAUAUCCAGAAUUGUAUAUUAUUAUGUAA